AACAGGAAUCACCCACUGUAAUUUCGGCUGUAAUUUUAUUGAAAUAACUGGUAACAGUUUCGCACCAUUGUACGAUUGUACGAUACGAGUCCCAGGUACCGUCCGUACGUACGUAUGAUACUGUUUUUUUUCGAGAGUUGAAUACAGAAUACACGCCACUCGAACUUCGUCAUCGACCGAUACAGAAUCAAUACGAUACAGUAACAACUGACAUGGACUCGGUCGUUCUUUGCAUUCCUCCCACCAAGUAGGAUCAACAGGAGUUUUCAUAACAUCUCAUCCGUCCAAUGUCAAGGCAAAGCCAAUAACAAUGAACGCUAGGAAAUCUCUGUGGUUAAAGAAAAAGAUGAUUCUAAGAUUGUCUUUCGUCACAUUUGUCUCUUUUCUUGUUUUGAUGACAAAUUUGUGGAAUGCCCCGCUAGUAUUUUCCUUCCAACAGCAACCACUUGCAAGCGGUGGAAGUGGGACUAGACUCGUUGGCAACAAUGGGAUUCGCUCGAUGUUUUUACAGCGUCCUCCGUCGUUAAUGGAUGUUGCAGUGAAGGUUCAAAGACCCAAUGUCUUGGAAAACGUAUCAUUGGAUUUAUACGUAAUGCGAAGUAUUCUUGCUCCCCUUUGGAACAAACUUAUUCAAAGCAGAAAUAAGAAAAAGAACGGGGAUUCCAACAGCGAUGAUGAUGAGACGAGCCUCCAAAGGAGUAACACUGAUUCUGUAGCAUUGAUCGAUGCAUGGGGGGAAGGAUUUGUCAAUGAAUUGGAUUACAGAGCCGAAGCUAAUGCAACGAAAGCUUUCACAAAAGCUAUGGAAGAACGCGGAUUGGGUUCAGUUGUAUUCGCACCCGAGGUUGUUGACGAAUUGUCGUCAAUGCAUGUUCUAACCACAAAAUGGGUUGAGGGGGAACGUCUUUCCACAAGUAACGAAGAUGACGUGCCGCGACUGUGCGGUGUGGCUCUCAAUACCUAUCUGACAAUGCUUUUGGAUACUGGCACCCUGCAUUGCGACCCGCAUCCAGGGAAUCUGCUGCGUACUCCAGACGGGAAGCUCUGUAUUUUGGAUUGGGGAAUGGUCCUUAACGUUCCGAACGACCUGCAGUUGUCGCUCUUGGAAUUUAUUGCCGAUUUGAAUGCUGAAAAUUACGAAGAUGUCCCCGACGAUCUGGUCAAACUGAAGUUCGUCCCAGAAGAUAAAAUCGACGAUUUACGAAAGAGUGGAUUGACUGUGGGAAUUGCGAAGAUGUUGACUCUGGCUGCAGAAGGUGGUGGGCCCAAAGGAGCCAUGAAACGCAUGGUAGCUCAAAACAAGGAGAAGUACGCCGAGGCCUUGAAGGAUUUUGAUGAUCUUGAUAGCGAAGAAGCAACAAAAGAGCGUCAAAGGUUAUUUCAAGAAGACUGGAAAAAGCAAAUGGUUGAGGAUGCUAUGUCGCGGGAAGAAGGUAGUGCAGCGUCUACAUCGACCACCGUGGACCUAACGACUAAGAUAGAAUCCAUGCGGCAGCAAAAUACAGAUGUAUUUGCAAUUCCUGAUUAUUUCGUAUACAUGUCCCGAGCUUUCGCCACACUAGAAGGAAUCGGGUUGUCGUCCGAUGAAAAUUACUCCAUUUUGAAGGAAUGCUAUCCGUAUCUUGCGAAAAGGCUUUUGUCGGAUGAUUCAGAGCGUGCAAGAAAGGCCCUCCGAACUUUAUUGUACGGCAGGGACGGGAAGGAGUUGAAUCUGACAAAACUGAGAGAGUUAUCCGACGGAUUAGAGAGCUAUUCCGCAUCUACGUCUAGUGUAGAAAGUGGGAAUCUGACGAGUGACAAUAGCGAGGGACGCAAUGCUGCAAUCGAGCAAGUGGCCAAUGUAGUCCUUAGUGAAGAUUCCAAUUAUGUGCAGGAGGUUUUGUUGCGGGAAACGGCUGUUGCAUUGGACGCAACUGUCAGAGACGCCGUCACCAGUCCGCUUGCACCAAUCAUCAGGAAUAUUCCUGUCACUAUUGAUGUAGACGGUGGGGCUUCUACAGCCCCUCCUCCGGCGAUCCUUCGUCCAUUUACCCUUCCAUUCGAGUUGGCAAAGGCUUCAUUUGAUUUGCAAUCCGUAGAUGCAAUUGACGAGAGACGUCUUGAAAAUGUUCGCAUUUUAAGGAAUCUUGUUUCUGGCUCGAAUCAAGACCAGUCUUCCACGAACAGCCAGAACAAUAUUAGUCCUGCUGGUGCUCCUGCCACAGAGACGAUUGGCAAGUUAGCUAGAGAAGCAGGAAAACGUCGACUAGCUCUUGCCCGUAUAGGAGUUCGAUUUGGUGGGACCAUGGCAUCCGUGCAAGCCGAGCGGUUGCGAGAACGGUCAAUAUCUGCCAGCCACCAAAAAGAUCGCAACGUGGCUGAGAUUUCUAAGAUCCUGGCGUCCAAUGGAGCGGAAAGACUGGAGGCAUUAGCGGACGCCUUCAGCUCAUUCGACAACGAAUUGGCAAGGAGAGGAAAGUGAAACUUAGGGCGGUCGAAAAAUCUUAUUUCCUACUGGCGUUCUAAGCGAUUUCUUCCUAUGAAAUCUGCUUCAAGUAAAAUCGAAGUACAGAUGAGAAGAUAUUACUGAGAGUGAUUGGCCAUUGUUUGCAAGAAGUUGCUAUUUCAUGUAGUUUCUUCCUUUAUUUUUCAAAUUAAUAGACAUAGAGUUAAAUGAAACAAACUUUGUAGUUCCUAGAAGUGGGACAGAAACAGGCACAAUCGACUGAAUACCUUCGCCGCCUGGCAACACUAACGUAUAUAAGUGACUUUUUCCAGCUUGAAAAGCCUAUGCGUUAAAAGCCUGUUCAAAGUCGGCCUUGAUAUCCUCCAGAUCCUCAUAGCCAACCGAGACGCGGAUCGAGGCGGGCUUGAUCCCAGCAGCAGCUUGCUGGUCAGCGUUGAGUUGCUGGUGCGUCGUAGCGGAUGGUUGAAUCACGAGCGUUCGAGAGUCGCCGACGUUGGCAAGAUGGGCGCACAUCUUCAAAUUGGUGACGAAGCUUGAUCCUUUCGCCUUCUCGUCAUCGGGAUCCUCUCCCUUCAACUCAAAGCAGAAAACUGACCCAAAGCAUCCGGGGCGGAAGUACUUUUUAGCCUUCUCAUGGGAUGGAUGGGAAGGAAGAGAGGGAUGGAGGACAGAACCCUCCUUCACCUUCGGAUGGGUUGACAGCCACAACGCAAGUUCGUUGGCAUUCUCGCAAUGGGCCUUCGCUCGAAGAGAGAGUGUCUCGAUCCCCUGGAUGAGCUGCCAUGCAUUGAAUGGAGAGAUGCAUCCUCCCAUAUCGCGAAGCGUCUUGACACGUGCUAGAAGAAUGAAAACCGUGUUGGUCGCCUUGACCCCAAAGAUUGGGUGCUCUGCGAAGACUCCUCCGUGAUACGAUUCCUGAGGACCACCGAUGAGUGGAAACUUGAGUGAGCCGUCGGCGUUUUUCACACACCAGUCGAAAGAGGAACCAUCAACGAUGAUUCCUCCGAUGGAAGUUCCGUGCCCACCGAUCCAUUUAGUGGCCGAUUCUACCACGAUGUCAGCACCAAGUUUGAGCGGACGACAUGCGUAACCUCCCAUGCCAAAAGUGUUAUCACACACGAUAGGGAUUUUUGCCUCUGUGGCAAUCUCCUUGAUUGCAUCGAAAUCCGGAAUCGUUCCGCUCGGAUUGGCGAGUGUCUCGAUGUAAAUGGCCUUAGUUUUGUCGUCGAUGAGGCUCUUUACUUGAUCAAGGUCGGAGACGUUGGCAAACCUGGCUUCGAUUCCAAUGUGCUUGAAGGAGUAAGCAAACUGUGUGAAAGAGCCUCCAUAUAGCUCAGAAGCAGUGACGAAAUUGUCUCCCGCCUGCAUGAAGGUCAUUAAGGCAUGCAUUUGCGCCGACAUGCCCGAGGCUACAGCAAGAGCACUUGGGAGGGUGGUAGCGUUGUCGCAAUCUCCAUGCGCCGGGCAAGGAGCCCCCUCGAGCUUGGCCAUUUUAUAUUCCAGUACAUGCGUCGUGGGAUUCAUCAGACGUGUGUAGAUCGGCCCCAAUUCUGACAGACUGAAGAGACUGGCCCCAUGCUCCGAUGACUUGAAUUCAAAGGAUGUUGACUGGAAUAUUGGUGGCGCACGCGCUCUGUUGUCUGUGUCCAGUUUGUGCCCAUGGUGAAGCAUGGUUGUGGAAAAUCCCUCACCAUCGUCGACGUAUGGGUUUGUUUCAGGCAUGGUCUUCAGUUGUCAAUCCUUUGCAAAGAUGGAGAUCAAAAUGUCAAUAUGAGAGGAUACAGCGAGUACGUUCUGUAGAAUAAGAUCUGGAGAAACGA